ACUACUUUAUAAGUGUUAUUCAGUUACAAAGUUCAGAUGUGUCAUAAAGUACUUGUGACUUGUUGGAUUAAAGAACUCUCUUAGUGAACUACAUUUCUCUUGUAACACGAUUUACCUAAUUACUGGUUCUAAACCAAUAUGAGCAGGCUAUUGAAGAUUGGUUUUCUCGGAGGAGGUAAAAUGGCCCAGGCCAUGGCUAAUGGAUUUGUUUCGGCAGGUCUAACUAAGGGUGAACAAAUGACUGCUAGCUUUCAUCCGUCCGAUGUAGCGAAUAUCGAAGCAUUCAAGUCAGCAGGAGUGAAAACGUUUGUGGAUAAUCUCCCGGUGGUGAAACACUCCGAAGUGGUUUUCAUUUCCGUUAAACCAACAAUUGUUCCAACAGUGCUGGAAAACGUAAAAUCGGCAAGUGAUGGAAAGUUGUUUAUUUCGAUUGCGAUGGGUGUAACGCUUAAGGAGCUGGAGAAGUCUCUUUCGCUGAAAGCUCGUGUAAUCAGAGUAAUGCCGAAUACCCCAGCAUUGGUUCGUAGUGGAGCAUCAGUAUAUGUUCGAGGUAGCGCAGCUACUGCUGAUGAUUGCGUCCUGACGCAAUCCCUGUUAGAAGCGAUAGGUACCUGUGAAGAAGUAGCGGAAAAUAUGAUGGAUCCUAUUACUGCCCUCUCGGGAAGUGGCCCGGCGUACAUAUUUGUGCUGAUAGAAGCUCUUGCCGAUGGUGGAGUUCGUAUGGGUUUACCGCGCGAUUUGUCAUAUCGAUUGGCAUCACAAACCGUGCUAGGAUCGGGACAGUUAGUUAAGGAGACUGGCCGGCACCCUGGACAGUUGAAAGAUGAUGUAACAAGUCCAGCUGGAUCGACUGCGGCAGGUUUGGCAUACUUGGAGCAAAACGCAUUCCGACAUGCAGUAGCGGGAGCCGUCGAGGCAGCGACACUUCGAUGCCGUCAAGUUUCAGGAAAUAAGUAAACAUAACUCUUCAAGACACAACUCUCAGCAGAUAGUAGCGGUUGUCCUCCGCCAGAUGACGGGCACGUGGUGAUAAUUUUGCUGAGAGCAGGAUUUGUGACACGAAGCUAAUUUACGAUAUGGAAACCGCAUGACCAUUUUCGUGUACUGUUUCACUAGCUACGAAUCAGAUCGUUGUAUAGCGUAUUGAAAAGGUUUGUAAGAUGCAUAAUCAGAACACCAAAUCAACCCUUAGAUUAUAGAUAGUAGAAUACGUAGUAAGGGUUUACAAAAAUUCGAAUAAAGCUGGACGUUUCUAUUGAAACAUCUGUAAAAGAAGGCUUCGGGGAGAGAUUUGGAUUAAGGAUGUUAUUUUGAACUUACUGAUAGACAUACUGAUCUUGAUAACAUUGAUCAAAUAAGUAUCAUUGGUUCGUUUGUAUCAAUGUUCAUAUAUGUUAUAGUACAUAUUUGUUUUAACAAAUCAAUUUAUAUUGUUUCAAAAGAAUACAAAUGAUGCGAAAUAUAGUAUAUGGAAAAAUC